AAAGAAAGAAAGAAAGAAAGAAAGAAAGAAAGAAAAAGAAAGAAAGAACCAGUACUCCAUGGAAGAUUAAUCUCCAGGAUAGGGCCCAAAACACUUUCCUUGCAGGCAACCACUGUGCCUUUCAGGUUACCUUCCGUAGGCAGCCAGGAAGAUGGGGAAAGAAUGGCGUAUGGGUCUUGUAGUGCUCUCCUGGAUGUCUUACCCGGAAUCAACUUUGUGGCUCCACAAUAAUUUAUUCUCCCCAUUCCUGCUUUUGGGUGAAGCCCCACACUUGUUCAAAACUGCCUCCCACCUUCCUUUUUAAUCUCUUCUUGUCUUCCUCUAGGUUUGAACGAUACAGGCUGGGCCGAUCAGCACAGAAUUCAAGCAACGGAGUUCUCAACGAGGUGACCGAGGACAACUUAAUAGACCUGGGCCCUGGGUCCCCAGCAGUGGUCAGCCCCAUGGUGGGAAGCACAGCCCCCGCCGCCAACCUUUCCUCUCAGCUUGCUGGGCUCGAUUUGGGCACAAACAACGUGAGUGGGGCCCUCAGCUCGCUCCCCCACAGCAAUCCCCGGGAUGACUUCGAUGUGUUUGCACAGACGAGAGGAGGCUCCGUGGCAGAUCAGCGUAAAACGACAAAGGAGGAUCCGCAAACGGCUAAAGGGGUGGCACCUGCCCCAGAUAUCCGGAAACCAAAAUCAGGAGGGCGGAGAGGUAAAGGUGGGAGUGGCCCCCUGGAGCCCAUAGACAGGUGGCUCAUCUCCCAAGGAAUGGUGAGCACCCCCUCCCCCCUCCAUGUUGCCCUCACUCCUCCCG